AUGAUCCUCAUCGUUACGGCUUGCAGUUUCCUUCUCGUGGUCUCUCAAGCACAGGCUCAAAGUUGCAGCACUGCCCCUUUCCCUGCUCUGAAUAAUGCUUGUCCAACAGAUUUCACUCUAAUAUCAAGCGGAUGUUGCCCUAAUGCAAAUCUUGUCUCGACAACUACGGCUGCGUCUAGUACCUGUGUGGAUAAGUUGAAUCCCAACACCAGAAAGUCGGACUGUCCAGGAAUGAAGAGCUACUGCAACAACUCCGCCUACAAAACUCUUAUGGCUGAUCAAUGUCCCCUUACCUGCGGAUUAUGCACUAAUAAUGGUUGUGCGGACGUAUUGAACUCACGAGGAGUAAAUGAAUGCCCUGGAAUGUACUCCUACUGCUUCAACUCGCUCUAUGUUUCGUUGAUGAAGACGCAAUGCCCUAAGACGUGUGGAUACUGUUCGUAA